AUGACAUCACUGAAGUAUGAAAUUUUACUGUUGGAUCACAAUACCAUAUUCGCAUUGUGGCAGUUAAAGAUGCAGACAGUUCCUGCGCAGAUAGAUUUGGAAGAUGCCCUACUGGGGAUAGAUAAGAUGACUUUGACAUUGUCGAAUGAAGAGAAGAAGCACGAUGAUGUUACUAGACUAUGGCAUAUGCGCUUAGGGCAUGUGAGUGGGAACAGCAUGACAGAAUUGAGUAAAAGAGGACUUCUUGAUGGUUGUCUACUACUAUCUGAGCUGCUAUCCUCUUCCAUUGUACCAAAUGCUGCGGUACCAAAUGCAGGCUUACCAAUUUUUGCGGUACCAAAUGCUGCUAGUCCAAAUGUUUCUGUACAAAACGUUGCGGUAGCAAAUACUACUGUACCAAAUGCUGCGAUACCAAAUGUUGCUGUACCAAAUGUUGCGGUAGCAAGUGUUGCUGUACCAAAUGCUGCGGUACCAAAUGCUGUUGUACCAAAUGCUGCGGUACCAAAUGCGGAUGAGAAAUGUGUUGACAAUGUGAAUUGUGCUAAUUUUUGUGGACCAACUUGCAAAUACUAUAAUUGUGAUAUCGACUUUUGUAUAUGCCAUUGUACUGCAUGA